UCCUUUAACCGUUAACAGGGCACGAAGUGGGGCACAACGCGUUUGUUUGAAGCGUGGUUGUGCGUUAAAUUUUGACAAAUCCAUGGUUUUCUGCAGUGUGCAACUACUGAAGCGACAAACAUUUUCCCUUUGAUCAGUUUAUUCACGCUUCUGAUAGCAUAAUUUUAAUAAUAGUAUCUACGUAAUAUUUUAUCUAUAUUUCAUCCAUCUUGGUAGUAUCUGUUGUUAACUUAUUUCUAUGGGCGAAAAAAUGGAUAACACUAUCCCGAGCGUUGUGAAAUAGAGCAACUCGAAUUUUCGUUUCGGGACAUCCUCAGACUCCACCUAGUUUUCCAAAACAGUUUACUACAAAGUCAGACCUUGAAGCAAGGCCCCCCUGGACGGGAUGCCCCUAUAUCAGACGGUGUUGACGGAUGCCAAUCAAAUUAGCUAUCACAACACUGUUGUCGCCCGCAGCAGCGACGCUUGGUGGCUCGGAAAUAUCCAAGAUAUCGACGGCAACUACGCCUUCAUCCACUUUAACUCGAUAAUAGUCCAAGCUCGAUGGAUGCACAUGAAAGACGUUUGGCAUUUGCCGUCAUACUGGGACACAAAGCUCGCCAGAGAAAAAGGUUGGCACGGAGACAUUCAUGUAUUUGCGGCACUGCGUGAGGAAUAUAAUGGGCCGUUUUGUUUUCGACCAGCCGUCAUGCUAAACAUGCUUAAUGGUUGUAACUCGGAUUGCAAAAUGUUUUGCAUCAGAACUGAUGUUUCCAAGACAGUCGUUCAUCCACCCAGUACUGGUUUUGAGGUGGUCCACUUCCACCAAGUGGCCAGUGCGUUGCCACCAAGCGGACCCUCUUUGUUGGACCGCCGCAGCGGUUUCCUGUAUGAAAAGCACUUCAUCCCUUUUGUCCAGACUCAAGACGUUCUGCGCGAUCCUUCCGAUAAACUUCGCAUAAUCAAGCAUAUUAACGACGCCAUUCAAGUCAGAUUUAAAUUAACCCGUGGAAAUCCGGCUGAUCGCUGCCAUUUUCAUCUUCGCUUCGAUCAGGAGAGUUGCAUACUCGUCAUCGCCCGUCUCGCUACGGACACAAAACCGACACAUUGGAUGGUUGAAAGCCUGCCGGAAAUCUUGGGAACACAUCUGGGCAGCCGCGUUGAUUUACCGCCUAUCAACAAUCGAGUAUUUCUCGCGAACGAAGAUAUACCUAGCAAAAUUGAUAUUAGGUUUACUGCCUGUGUCCGCGAUUUGACGCCUCCACUUCUAAGCGAUAUCUUGUCGCACUUGGAUUUGCAUUCACAGAUGAGAGCAAGACGAGUGUGUGCUUUAUGGCAGUUGCUGCUGAGUAGCCCUAAAAUGAUGGAGCAUAUCAGCAUCUCUUUCGAAAGCUGUUGGCACCUCAAAGCCGACGGUGAUAACCGUAUCCUCCGAGCCGACAGCAACAACUGCUUCAAAGCGACCUCUUUACUCAGUCGCUCAAUCAACUCAACGACCAUCAGUCUGACCAUCUUGAGAGUCUUUCCACCGCAUCACAUUCUGCAGCCGUUGUUAGAAGCCAUGGAAAUCAAAGUGCCGCUACUAGUGCUCAAAGACCAUAUUACCAUCCAACCAGUAUAUCGCAUAGGUGUGAAAAAACCGUCGCGUUUAAAGCAUGGAGCAACGGAUUUUGUUACGUCAUAUAAGAACCGUUGUAACUCUGUUCUGCUGCUCAACUGGAAAGUUUCCGGCCUUUUUGGUCUACAUAUGUAUGAUCUCUUUGAGCAUAAUUGGUUAAAUUUCGGCGUGGAGGAGAUUUUUCGUCUCCUGCCAGAUAACCGAGAGUGGAUUUUGCCUCCUACAUACAAGCCGCAGGAAUUUGCCAUUGACAAGUUACAGAUCACCAUCCCGAAGCUUCUGCUGCCGUGCAGCGACGGCAGCAUGCCCAUGGCCAGCCGCAUGAUGUGCGCCUUAAAUGACGGCUUCUCGCCGGUCACGGAGGACAUUGUAGCAAAGGUUACGGCUGUUCAUGCGCGCUGGGUUAGCAACCUGACCUACCCAGAGGACUGGCAGAGCAUUCGCGAUUAUCUCCUAAUGUUCAGUGGGUUCGAACCUGACGGAAGGCCAAAAGUGUGGGAGGAGAUCGACCUGAGGGUUGUCGAUUUAUCGACAUGGAGUAAAAUGGCCACACAUGGUAUAAACGAGGUGUUCCGAGUGUGAAGCGGUGCAGCUGCAUCAACUUUGAUACCGUUCGAAGAGUCGAGACGACCCUGAUCGGUAUUUCCCGGACAAUACCAGUUUCGGGGCAUCCCUUGUUACGGGAUGGGGCAUAUCGCUACAAGCUGUACGAUCCUGGUUACUAUUUCCAGGACACUACCAGUAUCGGAAGAUCCCUUAUUACGGCAUGGGGCGUGUCGCUAUAAGCUGCAUAUUUUACAACUUCUUGAUGACAUAAGCUGCUUAAUUUGACUACUGCAAAUUAUCCUCCAAAAAUUAUUGUCCUGAAAAUUAUUUUCGAUAAAUUAACCAGUUGUCUUCUUUUCUUGUCUGGCUUCUGGGUUGUGUAAAUGGGAACGUCCUGUGCGCUUCUGUUCCGCGCUUCUUUUGCGCAUUGCUAUUUGUUUUGUGCACUACUCACUACGAGUAGGAUUCCAAUCUCGAUAUGGAAUGAUGUGGAAUGUGUGCAAUAAGUGCAGUAGAUUGUGGGCAUCAUGAAAAGAUUUCAAUCACUACGAUGGAUUUGUUCAGUUUAUAAAUUUGUCAACUCUACAAG